CUUUUUGACGUCUUUUAAAUGCCCGCUGUUGUUUUGUUUGCUGUCCUCUGUCGUCGGUAGGAAGUUAAAAAGCAGCUGCAGCAGAUCGAAGAAAACUGGGGCGCGUUUGUACUGCGCAGAACUGCGCAUGCGCACUGCACAAGGCACAAGCCGUGCUUCAUAACUGCACGUGUGUGGUGUGUAGAUCAGAGACUUCUGCAGGAGUCUCUACGUGUUAGAGUCUAUAAGUGUUGCCUUUAAAGUCUGUAUCCGGCACAUAACGUUAACACUUCUUACUCAGGUCAGUAGGUGAAAUGUCCUUCACCUCGUUCAACAUCGCCGGCGCUAUUUACCUCACAGAGGAGACCAAAUAGUUGUUCAUGUGUUCUGCACAAUUAAGACAGAAUGGCAGAAGCUGGAUUUGGUGUUCUGCUGCUGUUUUGCUGCCUGUUCUCAGGACUGGUGUAUUACAUCAACAGUUACUUUGAAAAUGGAGAUAAGACGAAGACUAGAGAAAGGCCCAAUUUUAUCAUUAUCUUGGCAGAUGAUAUUGGCUGGGGGGACCUCUGGACAACACCAUUUGAUGGUACUACACCCUGGUUGAGCAUGUUAAAACUGGAAGGCAAAAGAUUUACAGACUUCCACUCUCCUGCCUCAACAUGCUCCCCCUCGCGUGCUGCGCUGCUGACCGGCAGACACGGCUUACGUAAUGGUGUCACUCACAACUUUGCAGAAGGCUCUGUCGGAGGACUUCCACUCAAUGAGAUGACGUUUGCUCAGCUCCUGCAUGACGCUGGCUAUUAUACUGCCAUGAUUGGAAAAUGGCAUCUUGGACACAAUGGUCCUUACCAUCCAAUCCACAGAGGCUUCGACUAUUACCUGGGUAUCCCAUAUAGUAAUGACAUGGGCUGCACUGACAAGCCUGGCUUUGACCUUCCCAGCUGUCUCCCAUGUGAGCAAAGUAAACAUAGCAGGAAGCGUGGAGGAUGUCACACUAAAAUAGCAUUACCUCUCUUUGAAAACCAGACUAUUGUUGAACAACCCUUGGACCUCUGGGACCUUACAGGACAAUACGCUAAAGCAGCGAUCAGUCAGAUUUUCACUGCUAGGAACAGAGGGCAGUCUUUCCUGUUGUAUGUGGCUCUGGCGCAUAUGCAUGUUCCUCUGUUCCAUUACGGCUUUCUAAAUGUGACUGAAAAGGACGCCUAUUCUGCCAGUCUCAGUGAUAUGGACAGUUUGGUGGGGUCUAUAAAGCUUGCCACUGAGGCCUUUAGCAUGGAAAACACGCUCAUAUGGUUCACUGGUGAUAAUGGCCCCUGGGAGCAGAAAUGCCAGUUUGCAGGAAGUUCAGGGCCUUUUGUGGGGAGGUGGCAGACCAGCAGAGGUGGAGGCUCAGCCAAAAGGACCACAUGGGAAGGGGGCCACAGAGUUCCAACAGUGGUCACCUGGCCUGGGAAAAUAUCACCCAACACCACCAGCAAUGCGCUGCUUAGUGGUUUAGACAUCUUCCCUACAAUCCUUUCUCUAGCUGGUGUGGCGCCACCAUCAGACAGACAUUAUGAUGGCCUUGAUAUAACAAACGUUCUGCUCCAUGACUCUGAUUCAGGACAUAAGAGUCUCAUGCAUCCAAACAGUGGAGCAGCCGGGCAAUUUGGAGACCUGCAGACUGUCAGACUGGGGCGUCACAAGGCCUUUUACAUUACAGGUGGUGCUGAAGCCUGUGGUGGAGGAAGCGGAAAGCCAGAGCUUCAUGAUCCCCCUUUGCUUUUUGACCUGUAUAAGGAUGAAGCAGAGGGGUCACCAUUAGACCCCACCAGUGAGGAGUAUCAGACUGUGCUGAAGGAAGUGGAGAGAGAACGGGAGGCUCUAUUAUGGGAUAUUGCCACAGACAAUAUAUCUACUGCAGACUACACCAUAACACAUGCGGCAGUGCCCUGCUGCCAGCCACACAACCCUGCCUGCCGAUGCCAUAGAGUCAAAUAAGCCCUGCAACUGUUUGUGAAGCAGUCAGCCAAAUAUUUCAUAUACAGAACCAAAUAGCACAACUAUUAAAAAUAAAAAUAAUAAAUAAAAUAAUAUAUACAAUCAUUAAAAUAGUCCCCAAAAUGAAACUUAUUUACCUCUACUUUACUGUUAUCAACAUAUCACUGGUGUCGGUACCAGGAAAACCUUGUAUGUCCAUUUCCAGGACUUUAAAUUGUGUGUAAAAUUCAUAAUGAAUGGACCAAAAGAAAUGGCCCAAAAUUACUUGGAAAAAAGCCUGGUUCCACUGACUUACUUUAAAAGUGAAGUAUGUUUUUCUUUCCGUCAAGUUAUUAUUUUGUUAUCCUAAUCACUUAGUUUGACAUCAGUGAUAUAAAAAUUCAGAAGACACGUGUAGGUUCGCUGGUGGUUUUGGUUGUAAAUAAAAUAGCCAUUGUCACUCCUGGUUUGUAUCAGCACCACUGUAAAGAAAAUCUCAGUAAGUUUCUCUCAAACCUCACUGAAUGCCUUUGUUUAAAUCCAAACCAUUGGGUCAGUAGGAGUUGUAGCCGAUGAUGUUGUGCCACCCCCAUUUGUUCCUUCACACUAAUACAAGAAGUACAGGACAGUGGCCCAAGGGCAGGUACACAAAAUAUUGACUAACAGCAGUUCCUAAGAGUGUAAACAUCCAAAGAGGUGCUAGACAAGGUUGUUCACUAUCACCUCUGUUAUUCAUUUUGAUUAUUGAGCCAUUAGUCAUAAGAUCACAUAGCAAUAUAUUGGGUGUUGAAUUAGGCGGAUCAGAUUACCGAAUAGCCCUAUAUACAGAUGAUGUAAUAUACCUGUCAGACUUAAAGAAAUCCAUUCCAUCUUUACUACAAUCUGUGACACUCUGGGAAAUUUUCAGGUAACAAAAUAAACCAAACCAAGUCAUCCAUCCUACUAUUAAAUAAUUAUGAAAGACAAGGAAUCAAAAUUACAACCGAUAUUGAUGAUAUUUCCAGGGUCAACUAUCAGCCUCUUUUGGAAUCUAUUUCCAAAUCUUUUGAAAGAUGGAGAGCUCUACCCAUCUCAUUAAUAGCCUGUAUAAAUAUAAUGAAAAUGAACAUACUGCCUAAAAUACUAUACUUAUUUCAGGAUAUUCCACUCCACCCCCCACAUUUUCUCUUUAUAAUCCUUAGAAAGCUCUUCAUAAAUUUUAUUUGAAAUAAUAAGCGAGCCAGGGUCUGCUUGUCAUUACUAUACUUACUGGACAAUGGGGGGCCUUUAGUUUCCCAGUAUGCAGUGGUACUAAUGGGCAGCCCAAUUACGAACAAUGACGUAUUACUUCUCUCCUGAAGCAUUUCCCACUUGGGUGGAAAUAGAAUGUCUUUCUAUUAGGACAAAACGUCCUUUCAGAUAAUGUACUAAUGCCCUUCUCAGAGAUUUCAACCAAGUUUGGCAUUCCAAUAAAGCACUUUUUUGAAAUAC